CUGUGAGCAUAGUGUAACGAAGUGUCCAGUGCAGAGGAAUUAUAACAAGGCGUAUUCAAGAUGGCAUCAAAUGAAGAUACUCCUGACACCACUGCAUCAAAUGUCGACAAAAGUAGUAAUUCUCCAAACGAAGGAUAUGAGAAAAAAUGCAUAUUUUGUAAAAUCGUUCACAAGGAGACGGCUACCGAGUUAGUGCACGCGGACGAAGAGGUAUCCUGUUUUAGAGACAUCAAACCUGGUGCACCUCAUCACUACUUGGUUGUACCUACCAGACAUGUAGGGAAUUGCAAAUCACUCGGCAAAGAACAUGUUUCACUUGUUGAAAAGAUGGUGGAGACCGGGAAAGAAGUUCUCCAGAGAAACAACAUCACAGACCUCAGUGAUGUCAGGUUUGGAUUCCACUGGCCUCCAUUUUGUUCAGUCGCACACCUACAUCUGCACGUGCUGGCACCUGUUAGCCAGAUGGGCUUGAUGUCCAGAAACUUCUACCGCCAGGAUUCUUUUUGGUUCAUAACAGCAGACCAGCUGAUCCAGAGACUGAAUUCCUUAGGCUAGGUCAACUGAAAAGGAGAGCUUGGUGCUGCUGCUAGAUGUGGUUCUCUGAAUCUGAUGAGCAAACUGACUAGUAUUUCUCCAACACUUUCUGAUUGAGUCAAGGAAAGCAGGUGUGACUUUACAAGUGCCUCAGGAAAACUCUCAUUUGAGCCCUCACAUCACUGGGUUGUUAGCUCAAGCCAAUCAACUACAUCAGAUAUGUAGCUGUGUUUUACCCUUAUAUAAAAUGUAUUACCUGUGAAACUACAUAGCACGAUUUCCUCAGUAUUACAACAGCACUGAUUUUAUGGAAGGCUAGUGAUUCUAAAGUCACAUAAGCAUUGUGAAUGCAUGAGUUAUGGGCAUAUAACAAUCAACACUGACAAUCAUCAAUGGUUUUGGCUUAUCCUUUAGAAAACAACUUCCCAGCAUGCAUUAUAUGGAUGCCAUCAGCAGCAGUUGUCCAGAAAUUGAAAGUCAGCAAUCCUAGUUAUUCUUGACAGCUAUGCUACUGAUGAUUAAGCUGCUUUAAACCCUUAAAAGUGAUUUUGCAUGUUUGUGAAAUGUGAAGAUUUAAUUUGUAUAUAUUGAGAUUUAUUUAGUCUGAUAUUAAUUAUUAAUACUGUGUAUUAUUGCAGCAGAAAUUGCAAAAAAGCUGUUAGAGGGAUGUAAAGUAAUACUGUUUGCCAUGUAAGGUUGUAAGGUUUGUUUUCCUUGAUGCAUACAAUGAAUGUUUGUCUUAAUUAAAAAAAAAAAUCUU